UAUGUUCAGGCCCUUGUCUCGUUUGCGCUCCCUUGUAUCAACUUAAGGUUCAUGUCUGAUCUUGAAGUUCAAGUCCCCACUGCCUUUGAUCCGUUUGCUGAUGCAAAUGCUGAGGACGUUGGGGCGGGAACAAAGGAAUACGUGCACAUUCGUGUUCAGCAGCGUAAUGGUAGGAAAAGCUUGACAACUGUCCAGGGACUUAAGAAAGAGUAUAGCUAUAGCAAGAUCCUUAAAGACCUUAAGAAAGAAUUCUGCUGCAAUGGCACUGUCGUCCAGGACUCUGAAUUAGGACAGGUUAUUCAGCUACAAGGCGAUCAGAGGAAGAACGUCUCCACCUUCCUUGUUCAGGCUGGGCUUGUGAAGAAGGAUAACAUUAAAAUCCAUGGUUUUUGAGGAAUUCCAAAGAGAGAUACUCGUUGAUCAACUUGUAUUUUUACGGAAUCAGCCAAAAGGAAGUAUAAAAAAAAAACAUCACUUAAAUGUAUGAAUGCUUUUAUUAUAUAUACAGUAUUGUAUCAGAAAAGAAGUUUGCUUGUGAGUUGUGAGCGAGUAUAAAAAUGUAUCAACGAAAAACUUGUCGUUUGCAUUUUGUAGUGUGAGAUUAAUAUCAAUAAAAAUUUCUCUC